AUGCGCUUAUUAUCACAACCAAUUGAUAAGCCACCGGUUUUUGUGGAAAAAAUUGUAUCGAAAUGGUGGAAAGUUUGUGUUAUAAGUGAACUAUUAGCUCUAAUAUAUAUAUGUAUUAUCAUACAACCGGAAUACAAUGAACAUAUGAAAGUUUCCGAAAAUGCAUUAUUACCGGCACUUGUUACGGAACGAUUCAGUUAUUAUCAUCGAAUUUCAGCUUUCUUAGACAAACUUCGUCCUGAACGUAAUAUUUCCGAUUAUAUUGAGAAACAACUUUUGGCUUAUGGUAUAAUGACGCAAACAAUGCGAUUUACAGUAACUCUUCCAGGCUUUAAUGAAUCCGGAAAAAAUGUUAUAGGCGUUGUUCGUGCUAGCCGUUCAUCAUCAACGGAAGCAAUAGUUGUAGCUGUGUCAAUGACUGAAACAAAUUUGGAAGCAUUAGCUGUUAUAUUAGCUUUGGCAACUUAUUGUCGAGAGCAAAUAUAUUGGGCUCGUGAUAUUCAAUUUAUUUUUGUUGAUAAAGGCUUAAUCGGUUUAACAGCAUAUUUAGCUCAAUAUCAUCAGCAUCAUCAUUCAUUCUUGCAAUCUGACAAAUUAAAUUUUCAUAGCGGUGCGAUUGUUGGUGCUUUUGCAGUGAAAGCUGAUGGUUUAUUGUUUGAUACAGUAAAUAUUGAACAUAAUAUGAUUAAUGGUUUAUUACCAAAUUUGGAUUUAAUUAAUUUAAUGGCAAAAUUAGCUGAUAAGUACGGUGUAAUUCCGGAAGUUUUCAAUCAUGGUUAUCAGGUAUCAUGGUGGAAUUUAGCUGAAACAACAAGUAAAGCUAUGCUUAGUCAGGCUUUCAAUGAGAAAGAAGGAUUGCAUAGUAUUUUUGGACCAUAUGGUAUACAAGCAGUAACUAUACAUGUUAAAAGUGUUAUGGAAGGACAUGCAUCAUUAACAGAUUUAGGUCGAAUAUGUGAAGGAGCAUUAAGAUCACUGAAUAAUAUCCUAGAGAAAUUUCAUCAAUCAUAUUUUCUUUAUAUAAUGACGGAUAUACGACAUUUUCUUUCUGUUGCUUAUUAUAUGCCAGCUCUUGGUCUUAUCCUAUUUCCACUAUUAAUACUGGCACUUCGUGAAUGGUUUCGUUUGAAAGAAUUUACAUUUCCAAAUUCAUUCGUUCUUCUUCAUGUUAUUGGAAUAGUUCAAUACUGUGUCAUUAGAAAUAUUGCUGUAUCACAGUCUUAUCAUGACUAUACAAUUUUAUUAUCAUUUUCCGCACUCAUUCCGUGGUAUUUUCUUUUUCCAUUAAGCGAGAAGGAAUAUAUUUCAUUAAAAUUUCUCUUUUAUUUGGACUACUGUCUUGUAUUUGCCUCACUAUCAUUGCUGAAUUUCUCACUGGCAUAUAUUAUUUCAUUUAUUGCCGUACCGUUGAUAAUAUUAUUCACAGCGAUUAAUAAUUGUAAUCGAUUAAUUUGUCAAUUAAAAGCUUUAUUUGGUUUUCUAUUACAUCCAUUUGUUAUUUAUUUAUUGUAUCGCUAUUUGCUCUACAAUAUUCUUCCAACAGAAGCACAUAUAACAGAUUUAGCAAUGGAUCUCAUUAAAUGCCAUCUUUUAUAUGGCAGUUUUCUUUUUCCAUUUAUUUACAUUUGUUUAUUACCUUUAUGGAAUUUCUCAAUUUUAAUUUCAUCAACACCUAUAAUUCAUUCAUAG